AUGAGGACAGAGAGGCAAGGUUCUAAAGCCAGGAAUUAUGUUGGAGGCUUACUGAACUUGUUCGAUUGGAAUGCAAAGUCACGAAAGAAGUUAUCGAGCAAGGCCGAAUUACCUGUUAAAACAGCUACUGUUGUACUCAGGAGUCACUUGUCUAAUUUGCUGUUCCUUAAACAAGAUUGUUUUCACCUAAUUUUGGUACAGAAAUUCAAGCAGAAAAAAAGAUUUGAUGGGAAUAUGCCUACGACACGGCUUCAUAUGCUUGACGAAGACGAAUUUACAGCUGGUUCGAGCGUGAAAGGUAGCAGUAACUACAGUUGUGCCUCAUCAUUAACUGAAGCUGAUUUUUACACGAGCAAGGCCCCUAACGUUGUUGCUCGACUCAUUGGAUUAGAUUCUUUACCGAAAUCAAGCUUUCUCGACCCCAACUCAACUCCACUUUCCAACUGCCGGUCUUUUGCGAGUCGUUCCCAUUACAAAUCUAAAAGUCUCGAUUUUUCACAAGAUUUGGAGUUCAAAUGUGAAAGUUUUGCAAAAGGGUCGACUGAAAAAUUCUGCACCGAAAUUAUGCCGCCAAGAUCGGCUAAGUCUCCUGUUAGAAAUUCGAGUCUUAGGUCGCCAAAUAAUGCCACUCACUUAAUGGAAGCAGCUGCUAUGACUAUCAAGCCGGGGCCUAAGGCUAGGGAAAAGAUGAAAAUGGCCCAAAGAGUAAGGGAAUUGAAAGAGAAGGUCCAAGCUGUGAAAAAACAUCCAAAAGUGAAUUUAGACGCUCAGUCAUUAGAAGCUGGGAUGGUUCAGUGGAUUAUUCGGUGGCAAUUGAUGCGAAAAAUAAAGGGAAGUCGGUUUCGCUUGCGUUACGAGCUAAGGCCAAUGUACAAAAAAGAGCAUUUGUCGGCCAGAAAGAAAGGAAAAGGCACGAGCGUGCUUCGCCAAAACAAUCAGAAGCACAAUUGCCCUGCCGAUAGCAAAAGGGCGCCACCUUUGAAACCCAGAUCUCAAGGCGGGAAAAAGGUGCCAAUCGAAGAAUUUACUUCGAGCAGGCAAAGGAAUUCCUCUAAGCCACCAUCAGAAGAUGGAGAUGACAAGAAACGUGUGAGGCCUCGUAGCUCAGCUGGAGUUGUUAAAAACAAACGAUCUUUUGAUGGUAAUAUCCGCUCAGAAAAAAAAAGAGCCGAAAGUUCUCCAGUUGCAAGGCAAUUAGAAGCUGGUUCAGUGGGGUCCACAAAUUAUCCGAGUAAACAAAUAUUGCUCGAUCUAGGCGGCAUGGAUGGUCAAAAAAAGUUUUUGCCACUUGGACAAAGUGUUGACGAUAUACUAAUGCACACUUUCUUGGAGGGGAGACUGAAGGUAUUGACUCGGAAAGAGUUUGCUCAACAGAAAACCAAAGAUGGAGUUUGGAUAGAUAAUCUUGAAGGCCAACCGAGCUCAAGUCUUUUACAAGAUGGCCAUUCUUGUUCUAAUGGAUUUGUUACUGGUCAAAAGUGGCAGGUUAAAAAUGUAGACAUGCAUGAUCAAAGGACCAUUUUUGGAGAGAGAACUUUACUUGAUAAUCGGCUUCCAAGUCCUGUUUCUGUUUUUGACCAUAUUUCCAUUACAGAAAGUUGCAACUCCUCCGAAAACACAGACAGUAGUAGCACGAGAGGUAAAAGAUGUCUUUUAAGUUUUAACUUUCUUAUUUCAUGCACAUGCAACAAAUUGCAUCAAUAA